GUCUUCUGCUGUGACUGUAUGUUUCUGUCCGUUUAAGUCGUUAAAAUUCACGAAAAUGGCUGCAUCUGACGCCCUUCCGUCACUGGCAGAGAAUGAGUGGUUCGUGGGACUCAAGGAGUACCACGCAAAGAAUGCAUCAAAAUUAAACAUGCCGAACAUGUUCCAGAAAGACCCGGACCGUUUCGACAAGUUUAGUAUAAAGUUGAAUACAGAGGAUGGAGACCUAUUGUUGGAUUAUUCAAAAAACAUUAUUAAUGAAGAGAUUCUUGGAAUGCUUGUACAGCUGGCCAAAUCACGAUCACUGGAACAGGUUCGUGAGCGCAUGUUCUGUGGUGAAAAGAUCAACUUUACUGAGAAUCGUGCAGUAUUACACAUAGCUUUACGUAACAGAACCAACCACCCAAUCAUGGUUGAUGGAAAAGAUGUAAUGCCUGAUGUCAACAAAGUUCUUGCUGAUAUGAGACAAUUUACCAAGAGUGUCCGAAGUGGUGAGUGGAAAGGGUACACUGGGAAAAGUAUUACUGAUGUCAUUAAUAUCGGCAUUGGAGGAUCAGAUUUGGGCCCAGUUAUGGUUACAGAAGCAUUGAAAUACUAUGGUACUGGUCCUAGGGUACACUUUGUGUCUAAUAUUGAUGGUACACACCUUGCUGAAGUUACCAAACAAUUAAAUCCAGAGACAUCAUUAUUUAUUAUUGCAUCAAAGACUUUCACAACCCAGGAAACUAUCACAAAUGCUACAUCAGCAAGGACCUGGUUCCUUGGAACUGCAAAGAAUCCAGCUGCAGUAGCCAAACACUUUGUUGCGCUCUCAACUAACGGAGAGAAAGUUGAAGCUUUUGGUAUUGACAAGAAAAACAUGUUUGGCUUCUGGGAUUGGGUCGGAGGUCGUUAUUCACUUUGGUCAGCUAUUGGUCUUUCUAUUGCUAUAUACAUUGGCAUGGAUAGUUUUGAAGCUUUACUCAGUGGUGCACAUUUCAUGGACAAUCAUUUCAGGAAAGCCCCCUUGGAAGCCAAUGUCCCUGUUAUCUUGGCUCUACUUGGUGUGUGGUAUCAUAACAUAUAUGGUGCUGAAUCACAUGCUAUAUUACCAUAUGACCAGUACAUGCACAGAUUUCCUGCCUAUUUUCAACAAGGUGAUAUGGAAUCCAAUGGUAAAUACGUCACACGUAGCGGUCAGAAAGUAGAUUACACCACUGGACCUAUAAUAUGGGGAGAACCAGGCACCAAUGGACAGCAUGCUUUCUACCAAUUAAUACAUCAAGGUACUCGAAUGAUUCCAUGUGAUUUCUUGGCAUCAGUGGUUACACAAAACCCAAUAUCUGGAGGUGAACAUCAUGAAAUUUUACUUUCCAACUUCCUUGCUCAAACUGAAGCAUUGAUGCGUGGCAAGAGUUCUGAUGAAGCCAGGAAAGAACUUGAGAAAGAAGGCAAGUCUGGUGAAGUCUUAGAAAAGAUCCUUCCUCACAAGGUAUUUGAAGGAAACAGACCAAGUAAUUCUAUCAUAUAUAAGAAACUAACACCAUACAUGCUUGGCAUACUUAUUGCUAUGUACGAACAUAAGAUAUUUACUCAAGGUGUAUUAUGGGAUAUCAACAGUUACGACCAGUGGGGAGUUGAACUUGGGAAGCAGCUAGCCAAAGUUAUUCAACCUGAGAUAAGCACUGCUGAUCCAGUCAGCAGCCAUGACUGUUCAACCAAUGGUCUCAUUAACUUCAUUAAGUCUCACCGUAAAUGAAUCUCAAAAAUAUGAUAUCUAAAUACUGAAAUAUAGAUAGCUGUUAUUCUGUGAUGACGAAAAUAUUCAUUUAAUAAUUGCUACUAGUAUUUGAGAAUCUAUUUUUACUGAAAUUUAUUUGCAAUUGUAGGUAUUUUGUCAGUGUGAGUUAAUUAUUUUUGCUCUAUUUUCCACAAUCAAAUUGCUUCAAU